GGGUGGAGAGGGACGCCAGCGAGGAGGACCUGAAGAAAGCCUACCGCAAACUGGCCCUGAAAUUCCACCCGGACAAGAACCGCGCUCCCGGGGCAACGGAGGCGUUUAAAGCAAUAGGCAAUGCUUUUGCAGUUCUGAGCAACCCUGAAAAACGAUUGCGAUACGAUGAAUUCGGAAGCGACCAAGAGCAUGUCAGCACUGGCCAGGCCAGGCACUAUAACUACUACACAGAAUUUGAAGCAGACAUUACCCCAGAAGAAAUAUUCAAUGUGUUUUUCGGUGGGCACUUUCCUACAGGAAAUAUCCACAUGUUCUCCAAUGUAGCCAGAGAUGCGCACUAUUAUCCACGGAGGCACCGAAACGAAAGAGCCUGGACGCAGGAGCAAGUGGAGGAAGAAAACAGGCCCCAGAAUUCAUAUUCUGCAUUUAUUCAAUUGAUGCCAGUUUUCAUAAUAAUAAUAGUGUCAGUUAUAACUCAACUGAUGGCCACUAACCCACCCUACAGCCUAUUCUACAAAUCGUCCAUAGGCCAUGUUGUUAGCAGAGAAACAGAGAACUUGCAGGUGCCUUACUAUGUCGAUAAAAACUUUGAAAAGAAUUAUCAAGGAGCAGAACUUGAAGAGCUGGAGAGAACUGUUGAGAAAGAUUACAUAGACUAUAUUCAGACCAGCUGCUGGAAGGAGAAACAGCAAAGUAAGUUAUUUUUGUUACAAGUGUGUGCCUACAACCCAUGGUAG